AUGUCGUUCGCGACUCCAAGUCAUGCGGCAUGGGAUGCCUUCAUCCUGUCCCGUUUCGGCGACGGUGGCCGGCUUGCAAAGCGCGACGCGACGUUGACGGCUCUGCUCGAUCACGAGCUCGAGAUACUGCAAGACCCCCGCACACUUGCCUCGGCACGAAGACUCAGAAACGCUAGUAGCUCUUUCGCCUGUAGUCUCCCGGCGGAAGUACUGAGCAGGAUAUUCUGGUUCCUGCAACCGGACUGGAUACCCAGCCAAAAUUGGCAAAGGGGUGGAGGUGGAUUGGGGUGGACGGCUGUGUGCCACGUAUGUAGCCGAUGGAGAGAGGUCGCGCUCUCGUCGUCAUCACUGUGGUGUGAGAUAUACUGCUAUGGCUUCCCAAUACGUUCUAUACCCGCCAUCCUCGCUCGCUCGCGGCAAACCAAACUCAGGCUCUUUUUCCAUGGACCAGAUCACGUAGAUGGCUCCCCAUCGGAUGAUAUACCUGGCAUAUGGAUAUGCCCUCCUGUCUGUCAUCGUAUGAGCGAACUGGUGAUUGUGGAAUCCAAGAGCCGAUUUCUGCAAACCUGGAUCCCUCUCCUCCGCACAUCAAUGCCAGAUCUGACAAGAUUAGUCUUCAAUCUGACGGUGGCGCCACUUUCAUUGGAUGACGUUCUGCUCCCUCUUGAGCUGUUUAAUUCGCCUCAACUCUCGAUCAUUGACGUCCUCGACUGUCACAUUCCCUGGCUGUCUCCACUCCCUUCUACCGCAAAUCUCACUCAGCUUCGGCUACAGGCGACCCAUCCUCCGCAGAUAGCGCUCCGACCGUCAUUCUUGCAGUUGCGCGAUGUUAUUGCUCGCGCGCGGGCUCUGGAGGACCUCACCCUGUGCAACAUUUUCCCCAUAUCGCACGGCGCACCAUUCGGAGCGGAAUAUACCGUACCCCUUCCCGACAGUCUGAUCUCGAUGGACCUAUUAGCGAGGUCUUUCGAGGUGGUCAACGACUGCUUGGCAACACUGCUGCUACUAGUGUUACCUCACAAGUCAAAAGCUCGCGUACGCACAGAAGUGUGUGCAGGGGCAGAACCCUCUCUCGUGUCUCUAGUCAUGCCUCACUUCUUUUUGGCGCCUCCAGAUGGCUGCCUCGAGUUACACGUCGGUCGCAGAUGCGUCGUGCUUACACUAUCAGCAAUGUGGCUGGCCGGCUUCUCUAGUGAUGGUAUAGAGUGGGCUCGGCAUAAAUGGGCACGGGGGGAAAGGCGGCUGCACAUUCCUGGCAACAACGAAAACGAAGCGAGUCGAGACAACACCAACUCUCUCGUAUCCUAUCUGCCGCUGCUGGACAUGGGGCAAGUGUAUCGACUCGCGAUUACGGGUGACGCCGUGCUCGCAUUCCAGGACGGCAAAGAGUGGAUGACGACCUUCGCGAAGGCGGCUCACGUCGAUCAACUUGCGCUACAUUUCGCCCAGAAUCUUCUUCCCCUCCUAUGCGCACUAGCGGAAUCCCCGCCCGCGGGACCGACUCACGAAUUUGCCCUAUUCCCUUUCCUGAAGGUCAUCGCAAUCUUCCGCGAAAAGGACGAGGUGGGCAAUGAGGUGGAAAUCAACCACAAGAGAUCAGUGGCGUUGCAAAUCAGCCUCACGAAUCUCGUGUACACGCGGAAAUUUGCUGGGAGGCCGCUGCAGAAGUUGCGCAUUCACUGCGGUUUGUUGGACGAGGAUGCCCUCGUUCUUUUGAAGGAGAUGGUCGACGUAGACAUACUGAACUCGUGA